AUGCCGUCUUCCAAUUCGUCCAAAGAGCGAUCCAAUCCCCCACCGCGGCGGAAGUCCUGUGAAGCGUGCAAAAUCGCCAAGCGACGCUGCGAUCUCGCCUUUCCGGCCUGUUUUCGAUGUGCGCGAAGGAAUUUGACUUGCGUCUAUCCCGGCAAGCAACCGGCAGUAUUCCAGGACCCGGCGCUUGAUGUACUCUCGAUGAUCGACCAGUCCCAGGAUCUGCCGCCCUUUCCUUCCGUGGUAUCUCACUGUCCCCCGGAAUUCAACCUCUCAGCCUUGUCGGAUCUAGAACCUCCGGGAUUUGCUAUGCUGAAUCAGGAGAGGGAUCAUUCUUUGACUGCUUCGCCAGAUCUCUUUCAUAAUUAUCACCAGUCUAUUGUGCAGGCACCUAGGACCGAAACGGUGAUACUGCGAACGAGGUCAUCGACCCCGAUAUCAAGUGUCAUAGCUCAACGACUGCAAUUUUCCAUCGAUAUGCUCAAGAAUGCCCCUCGUAUGAUGGUGCUGGAGAACCAGACCCCGUGGUGCCACUCUCAGCUCUAUAAAGAUGGAAUGCCUCGGGUUAUGCAGGAUGCCUUCUCUUGUUGUGCUAUGUACAUGGCAAGGAACGAUGUAAAUGUACCAGUCAUAUUGGCUUCUUUCAAGACACGCAUCCAGGAUCUUCUCUCUUCCAGUCCGCCCAUAACCCCUCUGGAGGCUUUGGCCCACACCCAGGCCUUGCUUCUCUACCAAAUAAUGCGCCUUUUCGAUGGGGACAUCCAGGCCCGCGCUUCUGCAGAACCCCUCAUCUCGACGUUAGAAUCAUCAGCCCUCUCGCUCCUCCAGUACAUCCACUUCCCGGAUCCCCUGGAGCCGGAGACCACCUUUCCUGGCUCCAUCGAGCCAGUCAUGGAGUUCUGGACCUCAUGGGUCUUCCAGGAGUCCGCACGGCGCACGGUCCUAGUCACCUUCUACUUCACCCAAAUCCACCGGCUUCUUCACGACGACCCGAAUAUGCAGUGUGAUGGCCGACUAGGACUCGUUCAUUCCUGGUACUUCUCGGCAGAGCUGUGGCAUGCCCAGAGCGCAUUCGACUUUGCGGUGGCCUGGACUGAAAAGGAGCAUUUUAUUGUCUACGAUGCCAAUUUCUCGGACGUAUUACAACGGGCGCGACCGACGGAUGUGGACCUGUUCGGGCGAAUGCUGUUGAGUGCAGUCUUGGGCAUCGACGAGAUUCGCGCGUGGUUUUACUCAAGGGGUGCGAUUCUUUAG